ACGGGGACCCUCGGGAAGGGGCUCGACGCUGGCGGAGAAAUGCUGAGCCCGCGCCCGGGCGAGUGGCGCGGCGGCGGCGGCUUCAGCAUCAGCACCGGCGGGACAGCGACAGCGGGGGCGGCGCAGGCGCACUGUGCCCCGCCGAGCCUGCAGUUCCCGAGCCCCGUGUGCGGCACCGCCACAGUCUGGGCAGCGGCGGCCGGGGGAGCGCUACUACCAUGAACUGCCUGGUCCUCCUCCCCAGAGCUGCUCAUCCGGGUCGGGCUGGAGACACAGUCAGGGGACCCCGCCGCCGCCGCCGCGCCCCCUUUUCUCUCGGCUCGAUCUUCUCCACCUUUUCCUCCUCUUCCUCCACCUUUUCUUCCUGCAUCCCCCCCUCCCCCGCCGCGGAUCCUGGCCGCAGCUCUCCAAACCCAGGAUGCCGGGGGGCAAGAGAGGGCUGGUGGCACCGCAGAACACAUUUUUGGAGAACAUCGUCAGGCGCUCCAGUGAAUCAAGUUUCUUACUGGGAAAUGCCCAGAUUGUGGACUGGCCUGUAGUUUACAGUAAUGACGGAUUUUGCAAACUCUCUGGGUAUCAUCGAGCUGACGUCAUGCAGAAAAGCAGCACUUGCAGUUUUAUGUAUGGUGAAUUGACUGACAAGAAGACCAUUGAAAAAGUCAGGCAGACUUUUGACAAUUAUGAGUCAAACUGUUUUGAAGUUCUACUGUACAAAAAAAACAGAACCCCUGUUUGGUUUUAUAUGCAAAUUGCACCAAUAAGAAAUGAGCAUGAAAAAGUGGUCUUGUUCCUAUGCACUUUCAAGGAUAUUACAUUGUUCAAGCAGCCAAUAGAAGAUGAUUCUACAAAAGGUUGGACAAAAUUUGCCCGAUUAACACGGGCUUUGACAAAUAGCCGAAGUGUUCUACAACAGCUCACGCCAAUGAAUAAAACAGAAGUGGUCCACAAACAUUCAAGAUUAGCUGAAGUUCUUCAGCUGGGAUCAGAUAUCCUGCCUCAGUAUAAGCAAGAAGCACCCAAGACACCACCACACAUUAUUUUACACUAUUGUGCUUUUAAAACUACUUGGGAUUGGGUGAUUUUAAUUCUUACCUUCUACACCGCCAUUAUGGUUCCUUACAAUGUUUCCUUCAAAACAAAGCAGAACAACAUAGCCUGGCUGGUGCUGGACAGUGUGGUCGAUGUUAUUUUCCUGGUUGAUAUUGUUUUAAAUUUUCACACGACGUUUGUGGGACCUGGUGGAGAGGUCAUUUCCGACCCCAAGCUGAUAAGGAUGAACUAUCUGAAAACCUGGUUUGUGAUUGAUCUCUUAUCCUGUUUACCUUAUGACAUCAUCAAUGCCUUUGAAAAUGUGGAUGAGGGAAUCAGCAGUCUCUUCAGUUCUUUGAAAGUGGUGCGUCUCUUGCGACUGGGCCGUGUUGCUAGAAAAUUGGAUCAUUACCUCGAAUAUGGAGCAGCAGUCCUUGUGCUCCUCGUAUGUGUGUUUGGACUAGUUGCCCACUGGCUGGCUUGCAUCUGGUACAGCAUUGGGGACUAUGAGGUCAUCGAUGAAGUCACGAACACUAUCCAAAUAGACAGUUGGCUCUACCAGCUGGCCUUGAGUAUUGGAACUCCCUAUCGAUACAAUACCAGUGCAGGGAUAUGGGAAGGAGGCCCCAGCAAAGAUUCACUGUACGUGUCCUCUCUCUACUUUACCAUGACAAGCCUUACAACCAUAGGAUUUGGAAAUAUAGCUCCUACUACAGAUGUGGAGAAGAUGUUUUCGGUAGCCAUGAUGAUGGUUGGCUCUCUUCUUUAUGCAACUAUUUUUGGAAAUGUUACCACGAUUUUCCAGCAGAUGUAUGCCAACACCAACCGGUACCAUGAGAUGCUGAAUAAUGUACGGGACUUUCUGAAACUCUAUCAGGUCCCCAAAGGUCUUAGUGAACGAGUGAUGGAUUAUAUUGUCUCAACAUGGUCCAUGUCAAAAGGCAUUGACACAGAGAAGGUUCUCUCCAUCUGUCCUAAGGACAUGAGAGCUGAUAUCUGUGUUCACCUAAACCGGAAGGUUUUUAAUGAACAUCCUGCAUUUCGAUUGGCCAGCGAUGGUUGUCUACGUGCAUUGGCAGUAGAGUUCCAAACUAUUCACUGUGCGCCUGGGGACCUCAUUUACCAUGCUGGAGAAAGUGUGGAUGCCCUCUGCUUUGUGGUGUCAGGAUCUUUGGAAGUUAUCCAGGAUGAUGAGGUGGUGGCUAUUUUAGGGAAAGGUGAUGUGUUUGGAGACAUCUUCUGGAAGGAAACUACCCUUGCUCAUGCAUGUGCCAAUGUCAGGGCACUGACAUACUGUGACCUCCACAUCAUCAAACGAGAAGCCUUGCUCAAAGUCCUGGACUUUUAUACAGCUUUUGCAAACUCAUUCUCAAGGAAUCUCACUCUUACUUGCAAUCUAAGGAAACGGAUCAUAUUUCGUAAAAUCAGUGAUGUGAAGAAAGAGGAGGAAGAACGCCUCAGACAAAAAAAUGAAGUCACCCUCAGCAUCCCUGUGGACCAUCCAGUCAGAAAACUUUUCCAGAAGUUCAAGCAGCAGAAAGAACUUCGGAAUCAGGGGUCAACACAGAGUGACCCAGAGCGAAACCAGCUCCAGGUGGAAAGUCGCUCCUUACAGAAUGGCGCCUCCAUCACUGGCACAAGUGUGGUCACUGUGUCGCAGAUCACACCUAUUCAGACAUCUCUGGCCUAUGUAAAAACCAGUGAGUCCAUCAAACAAAACAACCGUGAUGCCCUGGAACUGAAGCCCAAUGGAGGUGCUGACCCCAAAUGUCUCAAAGUCAACAGCCCCAUAAGAAUGAAGAAUGGAAAUGGAAAAGGCUGGCUACGACUCAAGAACAAUAUGGGAGCCCACGAAGAAAAGAAGGAAGAUUGGAAUAAUGUCACAAAAGCUGAGUCCAUGGGGCUCUUGUCAGAUGACCCCAAGGGCAGUGAUUCAGAGAGCAGCGUGACCAAAAACCCUUUAAGGAAAACAGAUUCUUGUGACAGUGGGAUUACAAAAAGUGACCUUCGUUUGGACAAUGCUGGUGAGGCGCGAAGUCCACUAGAGCACAGCCCCAUUCAGGCUGAUGCCAAGCAUCCCUUUUAUCCCAUCCCCGAGCAGGCCUUACAGACCACACUGCAGGAAGUAAAACAUGAACUCAAAGAGGACAUUCAGCUGCUCAGCUGCAGAAUGACUGCCCUGGAAAAGCAAGUGGCAGAAAUUUUAAAAAUACUCUCAGAAAAAAGCGUGCCACAGACCUCGUCUCCCAAAUCUCAAAUGCCACUUCAAGUACCUCCCCAAAUACCGUGUCAGGAUAUUUUUAGCGUUUCAAGGCCUGAAUCACCUGAAUCUGACAAAGAUGAAAUUCACUUUUAAUAUAUAUAUAUAUAUACAUAUGCAUAUAUAUUUGUUAAUAUAUUAAAGCAGUAUAUACGUCUAUAUACAUAUGUGUAUAUAUAGUAUAUACAUAUAUAUAUUUUCACUUGCUUUCAAUAUGAUGAACAUUAUAGGGAUUUUGAUAUGUAAAUAUUGCAUGUCCAGCUGGAUUCUGGCCUGCCAAAGAAGUUGAUUAUUGAAAACAUAGAUAUUGCUUGUAUAUUAUGCAGUUGACUGCAUGCACAAUUUCCAUUUAUUUAUAAUACUAAUGUAUAAUUUAAAAAGGUAUAAUUUUUGUUAACCAAGGCAAUGUAAUAUUUGAAGAAUCAGGGUCCAACCUGCCAAUGUUGCCAUGACAAAUUUGAUCUCAGGCUGAGUAUAUCGAGCUAUCAUUUCUCACUGUUCUGUUUAGUUAAAGCUAUCAAUUACUAUCAAGGAAGAGUUCAAACUCUUAAACUGUUAGUACCAUUUUAUGAUCUCUUUCCAUAGGAUAUGUUCUGUAACUUAGGUUGUUUUCCAAACAGGCUGUGUUUGCUCCAUUUAAAAGAAUAUUUUGUUGCCUCAGUCAGAUAGCAGUGUGGGAUUUUGAGAAAUUAUUGCUAUGGGUUUUGUGCAUGAAUUGCAUUUUUGCUCAACUAUACCUCUCCUUUUUUAACAUUAUAGUUAGAUAGUAAUCAUUAACUCUUAUGUAAGGAAAUCUGUCCUCUCUCCGUCUUGGGGAACAGCUGCCAUCUUAUAAGCUGAUUUUAUUCACCCAUAAAUAUUAAACUACUAAUAUAGUGUAUAUUAUUAUAGAUAUACUGCACCACAGGGUAAAGGGGCCUUCUAACAAUUUAUGUUAGAGAUGCUGAUUUUCCAAAGGUUAUAAGUGUUUUAAAUACAUGUUUCUAAAACUUGCUUAAGGGUGAAAUUGUAUGACUCUUAUCAAAGAAACAAAUAGAUGUACACUAUUUAGUAAUCAUAUCAAAACUGUAGUGGACUGGAGAGACAGUACAAGGGUUAACACUCUUGUUUUGCACACAGUCAACCCUGAUUCAAUCCUCAGCACCACAUGUGGUUCCCACGCACCACCUGGAGUGAUCCCUGAUGCCAGAAGCAGGAGUCAAUCAUGAGUACCUCUGGGUCUGGAUCCCCCAAAAUACACAUACAAAAACCCUAAUAUGAUAUAAAACAAAAAAAAGAUUGUAAAAAGACAAGUUUUUGUAAUCUGAAAUUUAAAAAGAAUGACAAACAGUGAUGAGAUAAUUUAUUAUGAUUGCUGUUUAUAGAGAUAACAUGUGAACCGUGGUUUAAAAGAUAACAAAGAAGCAUUUGGUAAGUUGUUCAACUCAGAUAACUACUUUUCUAUAGUUUUAUUCCAGUUACAAUUUUCUAAAGCUUUUUUUGUGCACAUUUCAACUACUGGACUUCUGCUGAGAUGAUACUAUACUGUGGCUCAGACUGAUCCACUUAUAAAAUGGGGGGAGGGGCUAAUAAAAGACUGAAUUUCAGAGUCUUUUGAGUCACAAAUCUUCUACUUAGAAAGUGCCUAUUUUCAACUUUUAAAAAGUCACAAAGAGUUAUGUACAGCUAGGCCCCUAACUGUGUAUUCAGAGUAAAACAGUGUUCAUUUUUAAGAUCUAAGAAAAAUUUAUUUAUGUGAUUAAAGUAUAUUUUAUGAAGUUGAUCAAAGAGGCAUACUUUUAAAUUGAUGCAUGCAUGACAUUAAUCUUGAGAGCAGAGCAGUGAACAUCAAAUUGAAACUAUAUGCCAGUAAUGUGUACAUUAUUAGAUCAUCUAUGCAUAUAUAUAUUAACAACAUACACUAGAUGAUAGCAAAGUCACGGGACACAUUAUGAUCAACUGUAGAUAUAUUUAUGAGAUUUUUUUUAGUCCCAAUAUUUCCAAACAAAACCACCAUAACUUAAAUAUUUUUAAUCAUAAUCAGACUGAAGCAGUACAAAAAAAAAAAUAACAUGAUUUACUAAAGUGGUUGAGGGGCCAAAGAGAAGUACAAUGGGUAAAGAUAUUGCCUUACAUGGCAGACCACUAGGAGUGAUUCCUGAUCAUAGAGCCAGGGGUAACGGCCUGAAUACCUCUGGGUGUGGCCCCAGAUUUUUUAAAAAAGGUUAAUAUUUUAUAACUUUUUAGAACAUAUUCAUGUGCCCAUAGGUUGUAUCUCUUUCAUUUAGGAGUCUCAGAACAGAUACAAUGUACCAUGGAUUUUCCAUUUUCCAGUCUUGUACCCAUUACCCAUGAUGAAAGUUUGCAAGGGAGCCUUUCUUUGUGCUGUACUACGGUGUUUACCAAUCAAAGACACAAGAAAAUGAGGAGUAGUGAGGAAUAAAUUAAACUUCAAUUGGGACUUUGUAGCAAAAUUUUAUGGUAGGGAUAGUACCUUUUCCUUGAUCUCUGUCUGACAUUUGUUGAAUCCCAAGGUAUUUCUCUACUGAAUCAUGUCUAAUAAAUUUUUCUAAGGUUUUUAGAGUGAACAAAUCACUUAGGUAACCUGAUUACAGAAAUUGAAAGUUAUGAUUAACCUUGUGCUAUACGUAUAAGAGUUAGUAUGAACUUAGAAGAAUUAUGUGAAAUAGCAGGGCAGUUUGAAGUUAUGUUCACACCAUGGUUUAUUAGUGGUGCAAAUAAUUACUCUGUCUGAAAUUGAGUUUCACUUGUCAAAGUACAGUACGGCUGCUUUUGCAAAUGGUAAAGAUAUGUAUGAUUUAAAGUUAUUCAAGUUUUUCACAAAGGUGGGGUAAACUGUCAGUUGCUUAUUUAUGGUGCAGUUAUCACAGAAUUCUUUUCCAACCACCUCUGUUCCUGUGUGCAUGACAUGAUGAAAUGCUGAGUGCACUCUGCUGGUUUCAGCAGAAUUGCAUGUGUUCAGCAAAUACUGUACAUAUAUUAGUCUUUUAGGUUCCUAGGUUCCACAGUUCUUACCAGUUGAAUUUGAAAAAAAAAUAAAAAAGGAUGAGCACUUGAUAAAUACAUGAAAUAUUGUUACACUUAUAAUCUGUGUUGCCUCAACAAGCAGCACAUAAUAGAUUCACUUUGGAGGGACCAGAUGACUGCAUGUUUUAUUCUUAUACUGUAUAGAUGCUCUUGGGUGCAUCCAAAAUACAAUUUUCAUUAAUAUAUUUCUGAACAAUGUAACAAUAGGGAUAAAUAGAAAUGUAUUUGAAAUUUUAAAUACUUUCCAAAGCAACUUACACACCUUUAAUAUUUUUCUAUGAUGAUAUAUAAGAUCAGAUGCUGGACCCUGAGCAGGUGGUAAAUAAUCAUAAAAGUCAAGCAGAAGUGGAAAUAUGAGCUGUGCAUCAUAAAAGCAAGUGCUUUUCAUUCUGUAUUAGAAUAUUAUCACAAUAACUGUCAACAACAGAUAGAGGAGCAGAUGAUAAAAGAGAAAUCAGUGCACAUAGACAGAUGACAGUUCUUUCAACAAAAGUUACUAGUGUCCCACUUUGAUUAAAACAUAGUGCUUAUAAUCAUGUAGGCACAGGAAUUGAAUAGAGAAAUAAUACAUUGUUAAGUGGAAAAACAUUUAUUAUGACACUAGUUUAAUCUUAUAUUAAGUAUAAAUAUCCUAAGUCUUCAAUUACAAAUUCUAUAGAUCUGAAGAAAUAAUUAGAAAAUUUGGAAGUUUACUAAAGAAUGAACACAUAUUUCUGGAGUACCCAGCAUUUUAAUAGGAAUAUUAAUUAUAGCCACUAAUGAAAAUUACAUUUUAAAAAUUAAUUUUAACCUAGAUGCAAAUUAUUACAACUGUCUUUAAAUUUAGGAGAUUUUUUAUUUUCCUGUAAAAUCUGGCCCAUUUGUUAUUCUCUUUUAAAUAAAUAAAUUAGUUUAGAAAAAGUAAACAUAAUUUUUAGGGCAGCAACUGUAUUUGAAACAUUCUUUGACUGGUACUGGUGAAAUUACAUGUUGCAUUUCUAAGGACUUCUACUCAUCUUGUAUAAGUUCUCUUUAAGCUCUUUUUUCAAAAUCUUUUCUACAGCUUUAUGUACGUAAUGAGUAAAAUUGUCUAGAAUGUACAUACCACACAUGGAUAACUUUAAAUUAUAAAUAUUUUAUAAUGAUGUGAAUGUUGUGCUAUAAUGCUUUGUUCCAUAUAUUUUUCUUUUGGUCUUUAGGAAAAAGAAAAGAAGAAUGACAUUUGGAAAUUUCCCCGCCACCACUCCCUUAGUAUGAGUGUCUAAGCUUUGUCCUGGAUUUUGAAUCCAGUUUUGCCACAAUUCUUUGUAACUUUGGGCAAAUUAUUGUUUUUUGGUUAUUCUGGGGCUUCAAUUUAUUCUCCAAUAAAUGAUAAAAUGAAGAUAAGAA